AUGAAACGAACACAGCUUGCCCUAGCUACUCACGGUAAUUUAAGUUUGCAUAAGAUUGCCUCAAACAGCAAAGAUGUUGUCCGAGAAUUCUGUCCAGAUGACCUUUCCAAGGAACUAAAGAGCUUGGAACUCACUGAUGAUAACUUACCACUACAAAGGAGCUUAGGACUGUACUGGAACAUGAACUCUGACAUGUUUACCUUCAAGAUUUCUUGUGAGGAGAAACCCUUAACUCGACGCGGGGUACUCUCUGUCAUUAACAGUAUUUAUGAUCCCUUAGGAUUUGCAUCACCUGUGAUAAUCAAAGGGAAACUACUGCUACGUCAACUAUCUAGUGGAGGCACUGAAUGUGAUGUGCCACUCGGCGACCUUGAAGGACAGAAAUGGCAGUUGUGGAAGGAGUCUUUGUCUGGACUUCAAGAUGUAUCUAUUCCUCGUCAGUAUGUUCCGUGUUCUCUGCAAGGAAAUGUACGAAACGAACUCCAUAUAUUCUGUGACGCGUCUGAGAAAGCAAUUGCAGCAGUUGCAUAUUUGCGAGUGAUUUGUGAGGGAGAAAGACACUAUGUGGGUUUCGUUAUAGGAAAGACCAAAGUUGCGCCUACUCAUGGACAUACGAUACCAAGACUAGAGUUGUGUUCUGCUCUUCUUGCAGUAGAGAUCUAUCAACUAGCCAAAGAAAACCUGGACAUUGAGUUACAGAGUGUGAAAUUUUAUUCAGAUAGUAGAGUAGUUUUAGGAUAUAUCACUAAUCAGACGAGAAGGUUUCUUACUUAUGUCUCCAACCGAAUUGAACAAAUUCUGAGACACUCAACUCCAGAACAAUGGAAUUACAUUCGUACGGAACUCAACCCUGCUGACAUUGGAACACGGGGCUUAACGGCCGACAAGCUUCAGAGCAGUGUUUGGAUUAGAGGACCUACUGAAUUCCUUGAGAGACAGUCUAUUGAGUCAGAUAAUGCUUCUAACCCGAAUACUUACCAGCCUGAGGUAAAUGCCUACUUGUCUGAUGUCACAUCAAUGCAUAAUUCUGAGUCGGAGUCGAGAAGUAUUGCAUGUAGAUUUCAGCAAUUUUCUGAGUGGUCUAGACUUGUACAUGCAUUUGGAAGGCUGAAGACAAGAGCACGACAACAGAAAAUGAAGAGAACUGAGGAUUCAUUGGUCACAUUCAAGGAAUCAGAAAACUUCAUCAUAAGUCUCGUGCAGCAUGACGUUUAUGGAGAGGAGAUACACUGUAUCAGAACAAACAAACCCCUACCGAAGGGCAGUCCACUUCAAGCAUUAGGACCAAUUUUAGAUGAAGAAGGCAUACUAUGUGUAGGAGGGAGACUCAACAAACUGAGGUUAGAUGAAUAUGAAAAGAAUCCAGCCAUAAUUCCAGGGUCUCAUCACAUUGCUACGUUACUAGUGCGCCAUCACCAUCAACUACUCAAGCACCAAGGACGUCACCUUACAGAGGGAGCAGUCAGAUCUGCCGGACUCUGGAUCACAGGAGGAAAAAGGCUUGUGUCUUCCGUUAUUCACCACUGCAUCAGCUGCAAGAAACUGAGAGGAAAACACGGAAUACAAAAGAUGGCCGACCUUCCAGCUGACAGGUUGGAUCAAGUACCUCCAUUCACAAAUGUAGGAGUCGACAUUUUCGGUCCUUGGCAGAUCAUAACCAGAAAGACGCGAGGAGGAAGCGCAUCAUCAAAGCGAUGGGGAGUCUUAUUUACAUGCUUGGUGACAAGAGCAGUUCACAUUGAGAUAGUGGAUUCCCUAAGUUCAUCUGCAUUCAUCAAUGCUUUGCGUAGAGUUACCAGUAUUAGGGGCAAAGUGAAGAUAUUCCGGUCAGAUAGGGGCACCAAUUUUAUUAGAGCAACGGAUGACUUUAGAAUAGACACCAUUAAUGUGGAAGAUGAUACUUUAAAGACGUUUCUCUAUGAUUCAGAAACAAAGUGGAUUUUAAACCCCCCACACUCUUCACACUUCGGAGGAGCUUGGGAAAGAAUGAUCGGCCUUGUGCGCAACAUUCUAACGCCAUGCUUAUGGAACCAAGCAACCAAAAUAUAA